CUUUUACAUCAAUUUUUUAUUUUCAAAUUUUAAAACAUUUACAAUUUAUUUCCACCAUGCGAAAUAAAGAUAACGUACCUAACAUACACCAUUUCAUAUCCAAGCAGGACUACAAGGGCUCGCAGUGCACUUUCAAGGGACAUGCGUUGUUUUCUCGCAGAACUUCAAACUGCUCCGGCCGAAAAUUGCUUAUCCAUCCACCAUCACCAUCCAUCCAGCAGUCUCUUUCGGUUCGUUGGGAAAGCUGCGCGUUCCCUCAGUAGCGGUGUUUCGCCGGAGCUUUCUCGCUGCAAACGAAACGUGCUUGGUCGCUGGCGCUCCACCGGCGGGCCUUGGGGCUUCCACUUUCGGGGCACUCGACAGCGUCGCUUCGCAAAAGCGCCGAGGCGCUCCUGGCAUGUUUGUGUUCGAGGUGAUGUGAUUGCGGAGUACUCGAUCCGAGUGAUUGUGGAUUUUUAUUUAGCCGAUUGAUCAGCGAGUUCGAUGAGAUGCGAGCAGCGGUGAAGUAGAAGAUGAGGCCGGCUGCUUCUUUGAUUUUGAUGGUUUUCGUUUUGCAAAGGAUCAGCAGUGGCAAAAGUUUAAAAGGAAUGCGUUUAAAUGUUCCGCGAGCAGUACGCGCAGGACAUUCGGUCACGCUGGGCUGCGAGUACGAUCUGGAGGACGCGCCUCUGUACUCCGUGAAAUGGUACCGGGAUAACGGGGAAUUCUACAGAUAUGUCCCCAAAGAGGAGCCUCCGACGCGCGUCUUCCCUCUGCCCGGAUUACACGUGGACGUGAGCGUUUCCAAUGCACACAAUGUAACCCUAAUGUCCGUUGGAAGAAACAUCUCCGGUUUAUUUCAAUGCGAAGUGUCAGCCGAUGCCCCGCUUUUCCACACUCAAAUGAUGUCUUCUCCCAUGACAGUGGCAGUGGUUCCCGUAGGAGUGCCCACGGUGAGCGUGGAUAAGGCCGGCUUGGAGCACGGCAGGCCGUUGAUAGCCGAUUGCAACGCGCCCCCUUCCUAUCCGGCAUCGAACAUCACCCUGUACGUCAACGAUGAAAGGGUGCCGGCCUACACGUCGGAAUGGAUCACCUCGGUGGAGGAUCACUUAGAGAGGAAAACCGGGCGGUUAGAGCUGUCGGGCGUCGGCGGCAGCUGGGGCACAUUGAGGCUACGUUGCGAAGCCACGUUAUUUAGAUUGUACCGUGCCUAUAGCUUAGAAGUCGAAGUCCGCCCGGACACGCCCCAACCAGCCUCAGUACUACUGGGACCAAGUAAUAAAGGUGAAAAAAGCGCCGCGUCGACGAAUCGACUUUUCUACCUACUUUUGUCGCUGAUAGCGGUGAGGAGCCGGAGGUGCUAGUCGAAUCGGAUUUGUCGCUAAACAAAUAUAGUUCAAUAAUCAAAUGAAAAAAAUUAAAAAAAACGUGUUUUUGCGCGUCGUGAAAUAUGUGUUUUAUAAUUGAAUCCUAGCGUUUCGGGACUGUGUAAUAUAAAAGUGAAUCGAAUCAAAAUAGUGGAAUCUUUUACGCGAAAAUGUGGAAAUUUCGCUUACGCCCGUAUUCACAAGUUUCGUAUAAUCAAACAGUUUUGUAACCAACCGAUUGUAUAUUACCGAUCGUUAUAUUUCAAUCGGUAUUCAAAAGUCGAUAAAACCAAUUGGUUACAAAACUAAUUUGUAAAUAUGGCAACGUUGAUUAUUUGAAUCGUUUGAACCGGUAGAAGUAUCAAAUUAACCGGUUGGUUAAAUUUGAUAUAAACAACCGGUAAUGUUAUAAUCGACAGUUCUGAAUACGGGCAUUAAUGUUUAUAAAGAAAAUAACGAAUUUUACCGGUGAUCAUGCUAACAAAAGCGACAUCGAACGAUUUUUUAAUCUCCAAAAUUAAUU